AUGUUCACCACUGACCUGAAGGAGUCCAAGCAGGAGCGGGUGGCAAUCAAUGGAGUUGAGCCACAGAUGAUUGGCAUGCUGGUGAGCUAUGCCUAUACAUCAGAGGUCUACAUUUCCAAAGCAAACGUCCAGGCACUGCUGGCUGCAGCCAAUCUGCUGGAUGUGAUGGCCGUACGAGAGGCCUGCUGUCGUUUCAUGGAGCGUCAGAUGGAUGAGAUGAACUGCGUGGGGAUCCACUGCUUUGCUGAGGCCCAUUCGUGUAAGCAGCUCGAGAAACGGAGCAUGGACUACAUUCUUGAGCACUUCAGCUGCGUCUGUCAACAGGAGGAGUUCUUGUCACUUUGUGUGGACAAACUGACAGAAAUUCUCGCCAGUGAUGACGUCAACGUGUCCAGUGAGGAGCUAGUGUUCGAAGCUGCCAUGCUGUGGCUAAAUAAAUGUCCGUCCCGCAAGCAGAGCUUUGACAAGGUCCUGGAGCACGUCCGUUUACCUCUCAUCAGCCCUUACUACCUCCAUGAUGUGAUAGAGUCUCUGGAUGUGGUGAAGGAGAACCAGGGCUGCCAGAGGCUCAUCUCCGAGGCUAAAGACUACCUACUGCUGAAGGAUCGCCGCAGGGAGCUCUUCUGCCCCCGGACAAGGCCGCGCAGAUCCACAGGAACAUCUGAAGUCAUCAUAACAGUCGGUGGGGAGGACGACAAGGUGGUGCUGCGUAGUGUGGAAAGCUUCGAUCCCAUGACCAAUAAGUGGAAGAACCUCGCCUGCCUGCCCUUUGCUGUGAGCAAGCACGGCUUGGUGGUGUCGGACUCGACUCUGUAUUUAGCAGGCGGGGAGUUUCCUGACGGCUCAGCCAGCAGGGAGCUGUGGCGCUAUGACCCAUGCUUCAACUCUUGGAUGGAAAUGGCUCCUAUGAACGUUGCUCGCUCUGAACUUGGCCUCGUGAUGCUGGACGGUUUUGUCUAUGCGGUGGGCGGCUGGGAAGGGCGCUAUCGUCUCGCCUCAGUCGAGUGCUACAACCCUCACACAAACUCCUGGCAGUUUACAGAAUCUGUCAAGAUGGCUGUCACAAGCCCUGCGGUGGUGGCCCUGGAUGGUCUUCUCUAUGUUACUGGUGGAGCAGUUCUGGAAGAUGGCGACGGCACAGAUCUCACGCAGGUGUACAAUCCUAAAACCGCCUCAUGGACGGAAGUUUCCCCGAUGCAGAUUCCUCGUUCUGGUUCAGCAGCUUGUGGGUGGCACGCCUCAAAGGAAAACACAGACAAGGUGGAGUGUUACAAUCCUAAGACAAAUCAGUGGACUAUGUGCUCGCCUAUGAAAGAACGACGCUACCGACCCGGUGCUGCUGUGCUGGAUGGAAAGAUCUACGUCCUGGGAGGAGAGGAAGGAUGGGACAGGUACCACGACACGAUCGAGAGGUUCUGCGACGUGACCGACACGUGGGAGCUUGUCGGGGAGUUGCCCACCAGUCGCAGCUGGCUAAGUUGUGUGUCGCUCCUGCUGCGGAAGGACAUUCACUGCAACAUCUCCCCCAGUAAGCCAAACGACGAAUAA